CUCAUUCACACCGUGAAGUAAGAGAGACAUUUUCUCGUACUUCAGCUCACACACCACAAAAAAAUCCCAAAUAAAACUGGAGGAUUUACGCAAAUAACUCUUGGCCGGAACUUUUGGACAGCAGUACAUGUUACUGUAACGACUUGGAUCGAUUCAGGACUUUUCUUAUAAAAAAUCAGUAAAAACAAGCAGCAGUGAUGGAGGAAUCUUUAACUAUCGAUCAGCCCAGAAACCAUGAAAACAAUGCAGCAUCUGCAAACAACUACGAGGACCUUUUCCCCGCUUUGCCAUCUGGCGGUUUGCCAACGCCCGGCUCAAUUCCCGUACCGAAGGCGGAUCCCACGAUGCGCGUUAGCACGUCGAAAGUAACGCAAGUGUUCUACGUGCCGUACGGCGAACGCAAAUUCGACAACGAGAAAUUCGGCGAGGGCGAAUCUGUGCGCACAUGCCAAACAAUCAUGAAGGAAACGGGCGCCCACAUCGAAAUUUCGUCGGGCAAGGAUCAAUCUUUGACAUUUUUGGUAACGGGCAAGCCGAGCGAAGUGCAACUCGCACGUCGUGCCAUUUUGGUGCGUUUCCAAACGCAAGCCAGCAAAACGGUGAGCAUCCCACGCGAACACCAUCGUUGGAUUUUGGGCAAAAAAGGCGAACGUUUGCGCGAAUUGGAAAAGGCGACAGCAACGAAAAUCAAUGUCCCCAAUAUUAAUGAGGAUAAUGAUAAAAUUACGAUCACCGGGACGAAGGAAGGCAUCGAAAAGGCGGAACACAAGUUACGUACGAUGUCGGAUGAGCAAUCGAAACGCGCCUUUGAACGUGUCGAAGUCCCAAAAACGUUGCAUCCGUUCAUUUUGGGUCCGCACAACGAGACUGUCAAUCAGAUAACCGCCGAAACGGGAGCUCGGAUCAACAUCCCGCCGCCUUCCGUGCAAAAUGACGAGUUAACUGUCACGGGCGAGAAGGAAGGCGUGCAGGAAGCAGUGCGUCGCAUCAACGCCAUUCGUCGCGAAAUGGAGAAAAAAUGCACGACGGUCAGCAUUGAUGUGCCUCGUACGCAACACAAGUACGUAAUUGGUCCUCGUGGCACGACGCUUCAAGAUAUUUUGAAGGAAACGGGCGUUUCGGUCGAAGUUCCCCCAACUGACAGCAAUUCGGAUUCAAUUACGUUGCGCGGUCCCUCCGAACGGCUUGGAAAUGCGCUCGCUUUGGUUUACCAAAAGGCGAAUUCGGUUCGUUCGACUGUUCUCGAGGUGCCUCAUUGGAUCCACAAAUACAUCAUCGGCAAAAAGGGCGAUCGCAUCCGCAAUUUCAACAAGGAAUACUCCAACGUGCAUAUCGAAUUCACCGAAAACCAGAUAAAAAUGGAUGGACCUCCGGAGCAACUUGAACCCGCUGCCGAGCAACUCGAACGCAUGUGCAACGACUACAUCCAAAACUACAUUUUCGCGGAUUUGGUCGUCGAUCCCAAGCACUACAAGCAUAUCAUCGGCAAGGGAGGCGCCAAUAUCAAAGCCAUCAAGGGCGAUCAUGACGUCACCAUCAACAUCGACGAGAAAGACGGCCAAAAUCGCAUCCGUUUGGAAGGUACGCCCCAAGGAGUUAACGCUGCCAAAAGCGAACUCAUGGAUAUCAUCAAGAAAUUGGAGAACGAGAAGGAACGCGAUAUCAUUAUCGAUCAUCGUCACUUCCGCAACAUCAUCGGAGCGAAGGGCGAACGCAUUCGUGAGAUUCGCGAAAAGUUUAAUCAAGUUCAAAUCACGUUCCCGGGUCCCAAUGAGAAAACUGACAUCGUGAAGAUUCGUGGACCGAAAGAUGACGUCGAUAAUUGCUACAAGGAGAUGAAUAAAAUUGUCAAGGAAUUGCAAGCGUCGUCGUUCGAGAUGAAAGUUCCCAUUUUCAAGCAAUUCCACAAGUUUAUUAUCGGCAAGGGAGGCGCCAACAUCAAGCGCAUUCGUGAGGAGACCCAAACGAAGAUCGAUUUGCCUGAGGAAGGAGAUAAGAAUGAGGUGAUCAUCAUUACGGGCAAGAAGGAAAACGUUUUGGCAGCUCGCGAUCAAAUUCAAAAGGUGCAAGAAGACAUGGCGAACAUCGUCACCGAAGAAGUUUCCAUUCCAGCGAAGUAUCACAAUGCCUUGAUCGGUGCCGGAGGUCGUUUGAUCAACAGCAUCAUGGAGGAAUGUGGAAAUGUGUCGAUUAAAUUCCCCACAGCCGACACAAAGAGCGACAAAGUUGUCAUCCGCGGCCCGAAAGAAGACGUCGAACGUGCCAAGGCAACAUUGAUCGAGAUGAGCAACGAAAAGAAACUCUCGUCGUUCACGGCAGAGGUCAAAGCGAAUCCGCAACACCACAAAUUCCUCAUUGGCAAGAAUGGCGGCUCAAUUAAGAAGAUUCGCGAACAAACGGGAGCUCGUAUCAUGUUCCCCACGGCUGACGACACGGACAAAGAGACAAUCACGAUCGUCGGAAAGAAGGAAGCUGUCGAACAGGCAAAAGUUCAACUCGAAGCAAUCAUCAAGGACAUCGGCAACAUCACGGAGGGACAAAUUAACAUCGAUCCAAAGUACCACAAACACUUUGUGGCUCGUCGUGGCGAAGUUUUGCAACGCAUUGCCGACGAAUAUGGCGGCGUGAUGAUUUCUUUCCCUCGUGCCGGUACCGAAAGUGACGUCGUUACGCUCAAAGGCUCGAAAGAUUGCAUCGAGGCGGCAAAGCAACGCAUGUUGGAGAUCAUUUCGGACAUCGAUGCGCAAGUGACAAUCGAUUGCAUCAUUCCGCAAAAGCAUCAUCGCAACGUAAUGGGACAACGCGGCAACAAGAUCCAAGCCAUCAUCAAGGAAUACGACGUUCAAAUCAAAUUCCCGGAUCGCGAUCAAGGCUUCGAGAACGGAAAUGCCCCGCACGAGAACGGAGAUAGCGGCGAAAAUGGAGUUCGCACAUGCGACGUCAUCCGCAUCACGGGUCGCAAGGAGAAAUGCGAGGCAGCGAAACAAGCACUGCUCGAUAGUGUUCCCGUCACGAAGGAAAUGAACGUCAAAUUUGACUUGCAUCGCUCCAUUAUCGGCAAACAGGGACGCGAUGUGCGCGAACUCAUGACCCGCUUCGAUGUACACAUUGAAUUAUCGCCGCCCGCCGAGCAACUCGAUCGAAUUCGUGUCACCGGAGCGCCAGCUAAUGUCGACGAAGCCAUUGUCGCGCUCGAGGAACGCGUUCAGCAGCUCGAAGAGGAAAGCAAGGAUCGUGAUUUGCGUUCGUUCCAAUUGACGAUCGACGUUGAUGCCGAUUACCAUCCGAAAAUUAUCGGGCAAGGCGGUGCCGUCAUCAAUAAGAUUCGCAAUAAGCAUAAUGUGCAAAUUUCGCUGCCCGAUCGGACUGGCAAGAAGAACCCCGAACAGGAUAUCAACACGAUUGUCAUCAAGGGAUAUGAGGAAGCGGCGAAGGCAGCUGCUGACGAGAUCCUUGCCAUUGUCAAUGAGAUGGAUAACUUGUACAAGAAGUCCAUUUCGAUCGAUGCUCGUGUACAUAAUCGCUUGAUUGGACAACGUGGGCGUCGUGUUAGACAAAUUAUGGAUGAAUUCAAGGUUGAAAUCAAAUUCCCCCGCAACGACAGUGCCGACCCCAAUUUGGUAACUGUUGCUGGCGCCGAGGAAAAUGUCGAAGCCUGCUGCGAACACUUGCUCAUUUUGGAAGAGGAAUACUUGCAAGAUGUCGAAGAUAUGGCCAUGCCGCCCGUGCAACAACAAACCUACACGGAAAUCUUCGAAAAGACGUUCAACAAGAACAACUCGCAGCCCAAGGAAGGUUUCGUCGUUGCCAAUGCCCCGUGGGAGAAGAAAAAGCGCGGAGGUCGUGGCGGCAACAACUUUGCCGAAGGUAAUGGCGAGGCAGCACCCAAUACGGAUUCGCACGAAGACUUCCCCGGAUUCGGAGCUGAGCCCGUCAACAAUGUACCGGCAGCGUCUUCCGCCUGGAAUCAAUAUCGCUAAACACUCUUUUUCGGCUAAACGCAUUCAAACAAUGGAAAUGGGAUUGCAAAUUAUUGCAUGGACAAGUUUAAAAAAAUAACAAUAAUCAUUAUUAUUAUUAAAAAUUUAUAUUUUUAUUACAUGUCAUAGUAUCAUGUUUCUCAAACGAUGAAGAAAAAAAUAAUUUUAGAUGUUUUUUGUUCAGGGAAUUUUUUGUUCUAUCAUUUUUUUCGCAAAAACACACGCAAAAAAAAACACAAAUUAUCUGUUAUCAUAAAUAAUUAAUUAUAUAUAAUAUUAUUAUUAAACAUUUACAAAAAAAAACUCCAACUUCCCACUUUAUAAGUUUUACAAAUAUGGAAAUAAUAAAUUAUAGAAGACAGGUUCCCUAUAUUAAAAUUACGAUUUAAUUUACUAACACUUAAAAAUUACGCAAAGUUAAGAAAAAAAAAACAAUCGGAGAACUAAAUGCAAGAAAAAACAAACUUACUAACAAAAAAUUGUUUCUUUUUUUAUUUUAUAGAGAAAGACAUGCCUCAAUCAUGAUGUUACAGUUCAUGAGUUACAUAUAAAAAUAAUAAUAAUUAAAAAAAAAGUUUAUAUAAGAAGAAAAUUAAUAACGAAAGAAGAGAAAAAGUUAUAGAGAAAAAUAAAAAUGAUAUUAAUUC